UCUGCACAGCGCGUUCAAACUGUCAAGCAGGACGAUAGGGUCUAUGUGAAACCUGGGUUUCUUUUCUCAUGCAAUGCCUCAGAAACCAAAAGGUUCUGUAUCGAGCACGAGUGUCCCGACAACUGGAACAACACCAAUGAGCUCAACUGCUGCGUGUACCACGCUAACAUUCAUUCCUGCCCGCUUGCGCUCAUGAGAGGAGGAGGGAUAUGUGGUCCCUGGAUUCCAGACGAUGGUGAAAUUGUUACUCACCAGGUGGUGCUUGUCCAUCUAGGAGUAACAUCUGUCAUCACUCACAUCAAAGUGAGAAAGAUGCACGCUGCAGUCCAAAGUGUUAGUAGUAGUGCACAAGUGUGUGGAGAUGAUAAGUGGGAACUGGAGGAGAACUGUUUAUCGCGUCCUGCCGAAUGUGGGGUUUACGUCUAUUAAAGUGGCCAUCGGGCCUCCUGUCGUAUUGUUCUGCAGUGGGUUCAUCUUAACGCUGGUGGUGAGGAUAGCUGCACCGUAGGUCGCCUUGGAAUUUUAAGUGUCUGCAAUACCAAAAACAGAAAAUGUUUUGGGAUGAGAGCUGGAUCACCAACUACAAUAUUGUAUUUGGUAAGGUGUUUUACAAUGGGUUUUGCAGCACCACAAGCGUUCAGGCAGGGAAGAGAAACUCCACUGUGACACAGUUAUCUGCACAGGAGCGAACACCAACUUCAAACCACGAUUCAUUCAGGCUGGCAUCUAGUAAGUGUUUCCCUGUAAUUUCCAUCACAUCUUGGUUAACUUUGGACACCAACAAAAAAAAAAUUCUGCAGUGAUAGAAAGACUGUGGCUGUGAAGCACAUUCGAAAGAAACAUUUCACUCUGACCAAAACGAUCAGAAAAAAGAUGAAAGAGGUCAGGUGAGCAACUGUACUCACAAUUCUUGCAAAAGAAACAGACACUAUAUGGAGUUGGUUUACUGGAACAUGUAGUUUUGUUUGGUUAUUGCAAAUUAGGAAACAAUUUUGCUUUGAAAAACCUAAGCAGUUUUUCACCCAGUUUUUACGCAGCCUGUGACUGUAUGUCUUAACCAGGGAGCUGGAUCACCCAAAGCUCUCCACGUUGUUUGGAGGCUGCAUUGAAGUUCCCUUAGUGAGCAUCAUCACUGAAAAGUGUCCAAAGGGAAGCUUGGCAGAUGUGUUGUUGAAUGAGAAUGUCCCCAUCACCUGGGGUUUUGGUAAAUUCAUUUUAAGGAAACCUGGAAAAGCUUUUAAGAAUCAGCACAAAAUCUUUAUACUGUAUGAAGACAUCGCACGUGGGAUGGCUUACCUCCACCAGGACAAAAUGUUCCACAGCCGUCUUCAGUCACGUAACUGUGUCAUUGAUGACCGGUGGGUCUGCAAAAUUUCAGAUUAUAGGCUAAUGGCCUAGAGAAAGGAGGAUUUCGAGAAGAUGAGCACGAAUUUCACCCGUCAGAACGUCUCUCGCGUCUACUGCGCCCCUGAAGUUCUGCUACGGAUCAGUUCUAAUUGCACAGCUACAGCUGAUGUGUACAGCUUUUCCAUUAUCUUGGUCGAGAUCGCCACCCGCACUGACCUCAUUUCAGAACAAGUGGAUUCGGUCAAGCUUGAUGUAAUGUGGCGUCCAUCAAUUCCCACACUGAAGGCCCGGAAAUCAGACAACGAUUCCCCAGAUUCAGACGAUUACUGUGAGGUUUGUAUCUAUGAAAUUGAUCGAUGGCUCCCGAGUUGUAUUUACUUAAGCACAUUUCCUUUUGCGGUGCAUUAUUGGUAACCCAAUGAGACCCAAGCAUUGAUGUUGAUCAUUUCUUUUCAUCUACUGCAAAAUUAUUUAAUUGUAUUAUAUAAGAACUUUAUAUUAAAAACAAUAAAAAAAAAAUAUCUAUAAUUUUUUGAAUAGGCUCUGCUGUGUAGAUAAAUUAAAUUGUUCACCACUAAGGUCCGUUUUUACAGUUAUUCUGUAUUUAGAAAGCACAGUUCCCCCUCUAAAAGCAUAUUUUUAGCAACGUUGCCAUUUCUAUACAAAAAAAUAUUAAAAACAGUAUUAUAAAUUAUAUUAUCAGAUGUCUAGUUUUGAUACUAUGUACUGUAUAUUGCUUCAAUCCUGAGGCCCACAUUCGAGCAAGUGAAAAAGAUUCUUAAUAAAAUGAACCCGCACAAGGUAAGCCCUAUGGAUAUGAUGAUGAAUCCGGUUCCGGUUCAUGGUUUCAUUCAUUUUACAGUGUCUGUUGUUUUAUUCUAGAUGGAGAAAUACAGUAAACAUUUAGAAACCAUUGUAACUGAGAGAACUCAAGAUCUUCUUCAGGAGAAGCAAAAGACAGACCGUUUGCUUCAUAGUAUGAAGUGUUGAACAUUACAAGAAUACGUUUUAAGAUACAAAUCAAAUUUGUUCAGUAUACCAUACAUUCAACAUGCCUACUAUUUUUUAAAUAGAAUGUUAAACUCCAAAAGUAAUUAAUAUACAAUAGCAAUUUCUGUAAUAUACAAUUAUCAAUGUUCAAUACAUUUUUGUCACAUGACCUUAAAAUUAAAAGAGCGUUAAUCAAGAUUCAAUAAAGCCUUUUGCAUUAUAGGACAGCAUUAUUGAGUGCUUUGUUUAGCUAUGUUUAAUUUGCUUAUCAUGCUCUAUUAACAAACAGCAGAAAUGUUAAGAGUAGGAUGCUAGUAUACAAUUGAUUGUGCUGUGAACACCCUGUAGCUAUGAAUCGUUAUGCUAAUGCUUCCACCUACUGGACACUGUUGUGCACUGCAUUGACCAGUAGUUUCCAGCAUGCCAUGUUUUUUCAAAACAAUGAAAGUGAAUUUGACGUUGUCAAAGUUAUAAAACAGUAUAGCCUAUUGAUUUGUUUAAGGCAUGUUACCAAAACCAGUAGUUGAUGACCUUGAUCAGGGACACACAGCAGAACCGCAGAGUUACUCCAUGCAACUGUUUAUUUCAGGUAAGUAUAAAAUGAAAAUCUUUUAACAGUUGAAAAACUAAAAAUCACACACCAAUUAUAUUAAAAGAAAAAUCGUAUUAUUUGUUAGUAUCGACCAGUGACAGCUCUCUGGUAAGAGCAGCCCCACCAGGUCGUGGAUUUCCUCAACAAACACCACUUUCGAUGACAUCAUUGACAACUAUGAUACCAACCCUGCCUUUAUUUUUUAGGCAGGAAGAUCUAGAAUCCUUAUCUCCAGGAUUCCUUCUUUGAACGGGGCCUACGCCAAAGAUCUUUAAUAUAUCUUACAUUAUACUACUUUUGUUAAUAAAUAUUAUUUAUCGUUCUAUGUCUCCUGAGUCUUUCUGGUAGAACUUAUAAUAAAAAUUAUUUUUUAUUGUGUUGUGUUAGAACCAAUAGUCAUCCUUUUUUGUAAACAUAUUCUGUCUGAAACUUUUCUUACACAGGCCCUGUAGUGGCUGGGGUGGUUGGUACCAAAAUGCCUCGAUACUGCUUAUUUGGAGAUACUGUAAACAAAGCCUCUCGUAUGGAGUCAACCAGUGAAGCUUUAAAGAUCCAAUGCAGUGGCUCGACAGCAGAUUUACUAAACAAACGGAGAAUACGUUCUAGUGUGCCGUGGGUCUCUCAAUAUGAAGGGUAAAGGUGAAAUGACGACCUGGUGGCUGGAGACCAAAAUGAGCUAAGCAGAUCCUCUAUUUCUGGACGAUGAGUCACUGGGUCAUCCUGUUCCUGUUAGCAAUCUUUUAAAGUCUUACAUACGCACAUGUUUACUCACUGUUGAUGUAUAUGUUAGGUAUUACAUUCGAAACAUAUUUUAUUUUUGCUCCGCUAAAAUAUUGUUGCUGUUGUUGUAUUAUGUAUUAGGUGAACAAGGAUGUGGAAGAAAAUGUCAUAUGGUGUCUUGCAUGUUUUGUCAGGAUUUAAAUAAUAUAAAAUAGUUGUGCCGCACUUUUUGCUUUAGAAAACCCAAUAAACGAAUUAUUAAAAUAGAUUACACAUAAUAAAAAGUAAAAAAUGUAUUAUUAGAGCAACAUUUUUCCUUCACCCUCUGCCAAUGUAAGGUAUACUGAAAUAAUAUGCGCAAAUUUUAUUUAUCUGAUGUGCUUAAUAAAUUAAGUGACGUGGUAAAAUCAUAAACUACAUUUUUAUUAGUUGAUCACAAGUAAGUUUCUGUAUUUUUGUUCUUGCACCUGCAAUGACUGCGACAAAGCCUAUUGGUGGAUAUUCUGAAGGGGUGCGCGAAUGCACAAAAGAGGCAGCCAAUGACACGCCCUCGUAUUUGUUGCCUGGCAACGCAUUUGCUUGUGUCUGUCUUUAAGGUUGAGUAGAGCCAAAGAUCACAACGCGUCUGCAUCAAUGUAACAACGUGUAAUAAUAAUAUCACGCUUAUUUACCGGGAGAACCUGUCAAUCCGUGCUGUUGAGUGUCGGGAAAGGAGACCGUUGAACCUCACAGGUGAUCUUAAACGCAAAAAGGGACGUAAGUGAACCGCUGGUCGUUUACAAGUUAUAGUCUGUCAAGUGAAAUCGUAAUCCAUUAUCCACGAUAACCGAGAAGUGUUCAUUUACAUGGACAUGUGAGAUGCAUGUCGAUUUAAUGUCGCACUAUCAUCUGGACAGAAAUCCUUGCAGUCACCUUAACCUAUUUCCAUCUCAUCAUCUGCAGGUCUUUUUCAGACAAUUUAGGCCAAGAUACUUUCAAGAAUGUCUCCUUCAAGGCUGUACACUCCAUCUGUGAUGCAUCCUCAAAAUUCUUUUAAUGUCACAGGCAGCUUCUGCACAGUGGAGAAUAUCUCGGAGUGCAUACUUUACAUCAAUCAGGAAUUGUCAUCACUGGGCUUCCCACCGAUUUUCCGUAACCAGGAUGGCAUCCAUGAUGUGGAUGCUGUGGUUGCCUUAAAUAACAUGUAUGAACUACUGCAGCUGCACCGUCAAACUGUUGGAAUGAUGGAGGAUCUGGAAGUGGAUCAACUAAAGUCCAGCAGUGACCUCCAUUACCAACAUCUAACCAACUCUAGACUAAAGGACCAGCUUGAACAUUGGAAAAAGGAAAACAUGCGGCUGCAUGAAAGAGAACGACAACUGGAAACAAAUAUGAAGACUUUGCAAAACUGCCUAAAGGAUGCAAAAGAAGAGGUACAAAGGCUGCAGGGCAUCAUUGCGAGCCGUGCCACACAAUACAGCCAUGAUAUUAAGAGAAGGGAAAGGGAGUACAGCAAAGUCAAGGAACGUCUCAAUCAGCUACUCAUUGCCAGAAAAGAUAAACAUGGAAUGGAAGUUUUGAAUUAUGUUGGAAGGCCGGACGGGAGAAGGUGUCUUUGGAAAACUGGAAAAACUGAAGCUAGACAUGAGGGAGAGAUGUACAAAACGCUUCUCAACGAAUUUGAUAAUCGGCAAAGGGAGCUUUUGAUGGAAAACAUUGAGCUGAAGAAAGUGCUACAACAGAUGAAACGAGAGAUGAUGGCGGUUUUAAAUUCAAUGAACGUUUGCAGAAGAGAAGAGAAACAGAGCAAUCCUAUAGAUCAGCAAACAAAUUCAGAUGAUGAGGAGAACUCAUUUAAAGAACUUCCCGAGAUGUCGUGUGAUCAUGCCCGUGAGAAACUCACCAAUAGCAUUCGUCAGCAGUGGAGGAAAUUAAAACAUCAUGUUGAGAAAUUGGACAACCAAGCAUCUAUAGUGCAAGCUGAUGACAAUGAAGAUACUAUCUCCAAACAAGUCCAUGACGAGGAAACAGAAAAGCUUAGACUAGAAAUUCAGCAGUGCAAAGAAUUUAUUCAGACUCAACAGCAACUUCUGCAGCAACAGCUUAACACACCCUGCGAUGAGGAGACUGGGGCCAUGCUAAACGAUUGCUACAUGCUGGAAGAGAAGGAACGCUUAAAAGAAGAAUGGAGAGGUUUUGCGGAACAGAGGAAAAACUUUGAAAUGGAAAGAAGAAAUUUCACAGAGGCUGCCAUCAGAUUGGGUCAUGAGAGAAAAUCUUUUGAGGAUGACCGUGCAAUUUGGCUCAAACAUCAGUUUCUUAACACAUCAUUUGGGGACCAAAUGAAACCACAGUGUCGCAUGACUGAUGAAUUAUCAAGGCACUCUGCUCAUGAAGAGAAACACCUUCCAAUUGCUGCCAAAGUGAGCAAAUCUCAUCUUUAGUUCAUUUACAUCACGGAACCCCCUGCAUAUUAAUACAUGAAUGAAGGAAUAUUGCUCUAGUAUGAAUAUGUAGUUUACAAGUCUGCCAGAAUCUUUCGGAGAAACGUUCAAAAUGUGUCAAAUGUGAAUUUGUAAUAAUAUAAGAUUGUUACAAAGAUAGACUUAUUACUGCUGAAUCUUUAACAAAAUUAAAUACUUGACUGAGCAAUGCUUUACAUACAGUGUAUGCGGGCUAUCACAUAGAACAGGCUUGUCAUGUUCACAUUUUUAUGUUGCUUGGUAACCACCGAAACAGCUGUCCUGUCAGUCAAGGAUUAUUCGAUUGUUUAGUCUGAUGUGAAGGUCAAAUACUGUUUCCAGGUCCAAACACUCAAUAAGAUGCUAUAUGCAAACAACAAAAAUGCUAAUGUACGCUCAUGGCGAGUUGUAAAACUAUCGGAAAACCACGAUCCUAACCUUAAUCUCUGUAACUAAAUCCCUCAUGGCCAGACAGUGAUUCAUUUUUCAUAAUUUAUUCAAAUAUUGAUAUUGGAGAUUCCGUAAGACUGGAUACUUAGUGUGUACUGUGGGUUAAUAAAUGCUUAGCUUCAAUAUGCAAUGUGAGUUAACAGUGCUCAUUUACAGCUCUUUAAACUGUAGCCCCUCUUGAAAUGAAUAGGGUGCUUGGACCCGGAAACGGCAUUCCUCGGUCACCACUUAACUAUCAUAUAGAGAAUGUGAAGCUGACACCACGCCCUAUGUUGCAUUUUGCAGCUCUUUGGAGGAUAAUUCUUCAUUGCUAUUGUUUUGAUAUGUACCGUUACUUGUUUUUUAUAUAUACGGAGAAAUCAAAAGUGAAAGAACCGUAUGGGCAUUUCCUGAACGAUUCUGCGUAAUGCUAUUGGAGUUUUUAACACAGCAAGACCGACCUACUAAUAUUUCCUAAUCAAACAAGAAAAACACUGAAUUGAACGCACUAAGGGCUAUCCUCCCAAGAUGGCGCGACAUUCGAUGCGGAGUGACGUCGAUUAACAAGCUCCAUUAUCAGAAAGAAAUGUACAAGCAGAAGGUGCUUGGACUGACCUUGCUCGGUUAACCUGCAUCAGGGGCAGACUGGUCACUAAUAGGAUUAGCUUCUUUUGAAUUGAUUUUAAAGAAUUGAUUUUUGCAAAACGCUUGCCGGGCGCCACGCGUUUUUGGCGAAUGCUGCGCCUCGUGUUUUUAGCGGAGCGCUCUUAAAUUGAAAAAAAAAACUCAAUUCUGAGCAGAAAAUCGCUUGACGUCAUGGGCCUUUUUUCUCAUUGUCCAAUAGAAUGAAAGGAGGAGCGGGCUUUCCGAUGUGGUGACGGAACUUUACAGUUGCUUGAAAUGUCCGUAGAGCGCAAUGAUGAAGGAGAAACGUAUGUUGGUUUGAUGUGGGUUAACCGAGCAAGGAUAGGGCGGGAGCCUUCUGCUUGUACCUUUUGAAGUUUCUAAUAAUAUGACAGUUAACAGCAAAUAGUGUGCUCAUGCUAUAAUCCUUGACUGACAGGACAGCCGUUUUGGUGGUUGAAAUAUUUUCAUCUCGACGAGUCGCCGAUGCGCCUAGAAAAACGGGAGCGUUGCACGUUGGUUAACCGCUGCGCGGCAUUCUGAAAAGUUGAUGUGAAUCGGGGCCUAGGUGGCCAUGAUGCUUUUAAACCAUUUAGCUAAUUCGUCAAGAAAUGUAUUGUAUUAUGUUAUAAAAUUUUAAGAUAAUUAGUUGGCUUUUACAAACAGAAUGAACUUUUUAAAUAGUUUAGGGUUUUAUUGUAAUCGAGGUUUGUAAUUGGAUAGAUGUUUGUGGUUGUAUUUGUUUUUAAUGGUAGUAAUAGAUGUGUUAAGUCCAGUGGCCAUGUUAGUGUUACUAAGGCAAUUUAAGAAAUUAAUUUGGCUAGGUCAGAUAAAUUAAGCAGUAAUCCAUUUUAUUUGUUUUAUGUAAUACUUAUUUAGUUUGCGUGUGAUCACCACAUUUAUGUUUCAUAUUUGCAUGUGCAUAACUGUAUAACUGCUUAAUGUACUGUAUCAUGUUUCUAAAAUGGAUAUUUUUUAUUUCAGAGGCAUAAGUUAUAAAGUCGACUAACAAAGGUAUUUUGAAUAUGACUCAGACUGUUUCAG